AUGAACGAGGGAGUCGCAAUAGUCACAUGCUACGGAAACAGCCGAGAGCUCGACCUCCUCCAAAAGCCAGCGUCUCAUGCUAGACUAACUCUGCACUCUCACCUCCAUCUGUCGGCGCAGAGGCCAUCCACGAAGAAGGUGAAGACCAAGCUCACCACGGAUACAACGGAGACGUCGCAGAACCCGCCGUUGGCCAGGAAGAUUGUCACUGGCGUCGGAACACCUACGCCGUCCUCCUUACCUCCGAAAGCAGUCAAGCGCAAAGGUGCUCUCCCCAAGAUUGAUGUCGACAAGCCUGAUACUCCAGAGCCCGAGGGAGGGAAUCGGUUGGGGGCCAAUGGUCGCCAAUCGCAGCUCACAGGUCCACCACCAAGGCAGCAAGAUGCUGAAUAUGACCGUGAGGAGCACGUCAAUGAAGACGGCGAGGAUAUCAAUCCUGAUACGCCGGCGUCUGGGGACUCCGAAAACGAGGAUGACAAUGACACACCGGAGCUGCACGAUGAGGGCGAUCUCAAUAUAGGUGGUGAGGCUGUCAUCUUCACUCGAGUCCCUUCUGCCAGUACAAACCUGAGUCCUGCGUCCCGAGACGUCACAAGUCAUCAGCGCGCAUCGUUUCAGGACAAGAGAACCCCGCAAACACCAUCAUCCUCGUCUAGUGCACCGGUAUCUCCAGGACUGGUGCGCGCUGCGACCAGUAAGAAGACUCAGCGAGAGCGCAAGCUCGAAGAAGAAAUGCCAACAAUAUCGGCUGGAAAGCCGCUCAUAGCGAAGCCGUCUGGAUAUAUCCGCGUCUCUGAACAGUCCGAAGAAGGCGCCAACUCCGAUGACGACGAGCCGGCGGUCGCAUGGCUACUGCACACUGAUAUAACCAGAGCCCUCAAGCGCAAGUCAGAGAACAGGUUUGGUAUCAAUAUCAAGAAGUGUCCUGACGAAGUCCAGGAGGUCCUCCGUGCCAGCUUUGACAGGGGCAUGAUUCUCCUUGCAUUCGGCGAUGGGACUGUCUAUCCCGACAUUGCGGUGCUACAGUCUGAGUCCUUCGUCACACCAUUUGAAAUGCAAGGUAUCGAGAGGAUAUCGCUUGAUGCCCUCAUCACUGCGGCGGAGACCUUGGGGUUCGAUGAUAUCAAGAAGGCUGCCGCCAGUGCCUAUCCACCUGCAGCACAGCUGGCUAAGCUCUCCCGCGACGCAGUGAGCAAUCUGCUCGAGAGUAGCAACUUCUUGUACCCGAAGCUGCCGAGUGGCGACUACCAGUAUACUCAACCGUUUGCAGGACUGGGACUCGCCGACGUUGUCAAGUCCGCCUUCUUUGGGAACACGCAUCCUUGCAGGGUCGGCUCUCAGAACAUCGGGAUGCUCACGUUGUCGCUUCCGACUGCACCGCACGAGCUCGAGAUACCUGACCACAUGCUUGCCAUGGCUGCUGCAGCUAUUAAUUCAGUCCUCGUCGACCAAGUUCAUCCGCAGCUGACGAAGUCCAGGACCACCGAGUUCGCAGGUUCAACCCUCAGGAACGCAUACAAAGCGUACAUGAUCAUCCUCGUCAACAUGCACAUCACGAAACCGCUCAGGUAUCACGCCCUUAUGCAUGGCAUCUGCAUGACGGCAACUGGGGGCCAUGCCAUUACUCUCCACGGUCACGCGGCGCAGAACGACAUUCUCGCCAACGUCGAUUGGGAGAACAUCGCCGACUAG